CUGCUGCAGAUUGCAGAGUAUUACAGUAAUCCUUCCCCAUCCAUUUUACAUCUUCACCAUUGGAUUCUCUCCCUCACACAUACACACACUACUUGUGAUUUUUCUGAAUUUAUAAGUUUUGUGGGUCACAGAGCUUUUAAGUUAGAAACAAGUUUCUGCAUAAAAUCCCAAUUUCAUCUCACUCUUCGAUAGAAAGGGUGGUAGCACUAGCAGUUUACUCGUGGAUGUCCAGAUGCAGACCCCAAAAUCAAGUACGAAAACGUCAUCCGAAGGUUCUCGGAAGAACUCUCCUCGAUCGAUUUCUUCAGACACGAGUCAAAGGAACUCGAGUCGAAUCGCACGCCAACUGAAGACCACUGGAUUGGAAUCCAACUCGUCUUCUGUCAACCAAUCAGCCAUUAGAACUCCAAAAAGUACAAGUCCUGUAAUCGUUACUCGCAAAUCGCCUAUAAGCCCAAUUUCUGAGAAGAAACGUCCAGUGAAAGUUGCAGAGUUUGAAACGCAAAUUUCUCAGCUUCAAGAUGAUUUGAAGACUGUUAAGGAUCAAUUAGUUUCAUCGGAAUCAUUGAAAGAUCAAGCGAAACAAGAUGCAGAAGAAUCACGAAAGCAACUUUUAACCAUGUCUUCAAGGUUAGAGGAGUCUCAAAAGCUAUUGGCUCGGUGUUCUUCAGAGGAACCACAUGGAACACAAGAUCUCCAAAACCUUGAUGAACUAUGGAUAUCAAAGCUUGAAGCAGCUAAGAAACAACAUUCGGCUGAUUUAGAUUCACUUGCAACUGCAUUGAAUGAAAUCAAUCAGCUACAAAUCAAAAUCGAUGGAAAAGCGAAUUCCGAAGCUACACAAACCAAGGAAACGGAAUCAGCGAUUCAAGAGUUGCAUAGCUUAAAAUCAACCAUGGCGGAAACUCUUUCCAUUGUCGAAACCAUGAAAACCGAACUUAAAAAUUGCAAAAUCUCAGAGUCUCAGGCUCAAGAGCUAGCUAGAGAGACUUUACUUCAACUCGAAUCAGCCAAAAUGACGAUAAAGUCCCUCAAGUUUGACCAAUCAAAGGAACAUGAAUCGGAGAAAUUUGAGGAGACGAGAUUCAGUGUAGAAGAAUCGCGAAAGAGAAUGGAGAUCGCAAGGGUGAAAUUGUCCGAAUUGGAGGAUGAGUUGAAGAAGUCGAAAGACGAUAUUGAAGAUUUAAAGGCGAAUCUAAUGGAUAAAGAAACUGAAUUGCAGGGUAUUUGUGAGGAAAACGAGGAGCUAAAUUCGAAAUUGAAGAAUUCUCAAUCGGGUAAGAGAGAAUACGAAUUGGAAAACGAAAUCACGAAUCUAAAACACGAUUUUGACUUUCUGAAGUCAAAAUUGAAUGUUAUGGAGACGGAAUUGAAAAAUAAGUCGGACGAAAACGAGAUGAUGAAACUCGAAAUCAAGAAAUUCAAGAAAAUGGAUUGUAAAGACUCAUCGGAAUUAUCCCAAUUAUCUGAAAGUGAAUCGAUUGUGAAGGUUGAUCAGCUCGUGGAGGAGAUUGAAAAAAGUAACCGGAAAGUUGCGAGAGUGGUGGAGGAGUUAGCGGCGGCACAGGCGGUGAACGGUGAAAUGGAGGCGGAUUUGAGGAAGAUGAAGGUGCAGUCGGAUCAGUGGCGGAAGGCGGCAGAGGCGGCUGCCGCCAUGCUUUCGGCCGGAAAUAAUGAGAAUAGGAAGUUGGUAGUGAGAACAGGGUCAAUGGACAGUUAUACCCCUGGGGGGAACAUUGGUUCUCCUUGUGAUGUUGAUGAUGAUGAUGAGUUAUUGAAGAAGAAAAAUGGUAAUGUGCUUAAGAGGAUUGGGGUGUUGUGGAAGAAACCUCAAAACAAACGACAAUGAGUUUAUUUAACUAUAUUUUUCAAAUUUAUGUAUUGUUAAUGUUUUGUUUGAUAUGUUUAUGUAGAGAAAAACUCAUAUCUAUAUAGAUUAAUACUUGUUGUAGGAUCUAAUUUGAAUAUCGAGUUACAUUUGUCAAAAUUGGUUGAUGAGAA